UCCGCGGGAGCUCCAUCAGCAGCAGCCGUGACAGAAGAACUUUCCGAUCAGCAAGCUCAAGAGUUUAGGUUUUACAUACAACAGGUUUAUCGAAUAUUAAAACCCGUUGUUUUUUGUAUAUGUUUAUCAGUAUUAUGGAUCAAGAUAUCGUUUCCAUCGUCAGAUCCUAGUCAACAAAACUCUGUUACAUAUUUUUCAUCGGGUGGGAAUUCGUCAAGUUCAAAGGAUAUACUUGACUCAUUUGUGACUGCAGCAAUAAUCAUAUCACAGGUUAUUAUCGCUACUUUUAUACUGGUAUGCUUGUUUAAAUACGGACAUAUGAAGAUUCUGAAAGGAAUCUUAGUGAUUACAGUCAUUUUACUCCUCGGAUUUAUGGGUUAUCUUCUACUUGAAAACAUAUUGCAAGCCUUUUCCAUACCGUUGGACUAUGUUACAUUUUUCUUUGCUUUAUGGAAUUUUUCAGUUGUUGGGUUGAUAUCGGUAUUCUGGAAAGGUCCUGCACUUUUACAAAAAAUAUAUCUAGUUGUUAUGUCUAGUUUAACGGCAUUCAGUCUCUCUCAGCUAUCAUCAUGGACAACCUGGAUUCUGCUAGGGUUACUAUCUAUUUGGGAUUUAAUUGCUGUAUUAUGUCCCUUUGGGCCAUUGAGGAUCUUGGUUGAAAGCUCUAAGGAAGAAAAACGUGGACUGCCUCCCGCACUAUUAUAUACAGUCAACACUAUAUGGCUAAUGGCGUCUCCAGAUUUGUCGAUUACGACACGCCGCACGUCUUCAACCCUUGAUCACUUCCAAGCUUCACCACCGUUAUCGUCCGCAUCUACUUUUCACAUGCGCCAACUGAGUACCGAGACUGGAGAACAUAUACCAUUAUCCGAAAAUCCAAGACAUUCUAACAACAGUAUGAUUAACGAUGAUACUAUAGUACAAAGUGACACUGUAAUUACAGAGGACACUGGCAACAAUAACGAUGAAGAGACUGCGAAUAAUGAAGGUGGUGACGAUGAUGACGAUGAAGAAGCAGGGAGUGGAUUGAAACUUGGGCUGGGUGAUUUUGUAUUCUAUAGCGUAUUGGUUGCUCGGGCAGCAAUGUUUGACUGGAUAACUACGAUAGCCUGUGCAGUGGCAAUAUUAACGGGUCUAAAUGCUACCAUAUUCCUAUUAGCCAUUUAUCAGAAAGCGCUGCCUGCACUCCCGAUAUCUAUAGCUCUUGGGCUGAUAUUUUUUUUCCUUUCCUCAAUAAUGUUAGUCCCAUACACGACUACGCUUGGCCUUGCUCAAGUAUUUGUGUGA